AGAACUUCUUGCAUAAGCGGCUCCUGUGGUCCUACGAUCCUGUACGAAUUUAGUCUAUAUUUUUUAUCCAUGUGUAAUGGGCAUACAGUAAUUGAAGAUAGCUAAUGUAUAAGUAACAUAACAUCAUGUUGGACCGUUUACCAGUAGAAAUAGUCGAACGUAUUGUCACAAAGAUCCCGGAUACUGACCUUAUUGCAGCGAGUAAGAAAAUGCUUAGGAAUGGGAUGGUCGUGGACCCCCAAGAGAGGGAAACUAUAGAGCAUGCAUUAAGUGAACAUAGAUGGGGAGGCAAUCCUUAG